AUUUGUAAAGCUCUCACAGGUGGAAAUACUCGGUCAGACAAUCCCGAAACUCCAGAUAUUUGCCAAAAAAGCCCCAAAAAUACACUGACCGCCUCUAGUUUCUAUAAAUUUUUCUUUAAUUUAUUGAUUUCUUUCCAUUAAAACCCUUUUAAAGCUGAUUGACACUAUUUAUAUGAUCCCACAUUUCUAUGCAUUUUUCUUUAAUUUAUUGAUUUCUCUCCAUUUAAACCCUUUUAAAGCUGAUUGACACUAUCAAAACUUCGAACAGCUGACACUUCUCUUUAUUUAUAUGAUCCCAAAUAAUUUAAUCUCCAUAACUUCAGGUGCUGUUUCAUCCAAUAAAAAAGAGAAAAAAGCUCUAAAAAUUAAUCAGAGCUCAAAGCUGCACUACAGAAGAUGGCCACUAGGGGCUCUCUUUCUGAGCUCAUUCAAUGCAAAGCUUAUUUUUGGAGUUGCAUUUGUGUCCUUUGGUUGUUCUGAUUAUUUAUCUUUAGACAUUUUGGCUGCCUUUUGUCCGUCCAGGUGUCAGAAAAUAGGUCAGAUGUGGAGGUCUAAAACAGUUUGGGAGCUCAUGGGUGGAGACACUCCUGUCUGAGCUGUUUUUGGGUAUGCGAUCCUUCACCUUGUUUUGUUUUCACUUUGAAAAAAUGCAUGCCUCCUGUUGCUGGCUGCUGUCUUAAAAUGUUACAGACUCAUUUGACUCCAAUCCAACUUGCUGAGAACCCAAUAAAAGCACAAUAAAUGUGUAUUUAUCCUGUUUUUUAAAAUCUUAGAGCAACUUUCUGUUGAAUGAAGUCUCCUCAGUCCGAGAAAAAACGUCUUUUAGUGUUUGUAUCGAGAAUGUAAAGAUUUUAAAUUAAAUAAAUGUGUUUUCUACGGCUCUUUCUCCUCGUUUUGUGUUGGGUUUUGACGCGUUUGCUGGAAAAUGCAGCUGCAGUGAGCUGCUUUAUCUGAGAAUAAGUGGAUGCUGGCAUCUUGUGGCGGUGGGAGGGGUAAUAGUGGAAAAGUUCCCUCCCCCUCCGGCUUCCUGAGCAUAUCUGAGCUUUGAUAGAUGACAGCCGGACCAGUUGGACGAGCUCUAACUCCCAACAGCAGCGUCUUCCUCAAACUGCCAGCAUGUCGGGGCUCCGGAGGGUGUUUAGAGACGGAUUCAACACGUGUUUCCCUUCAGUACCGACAGGAGAGAUUUGAGAAAGCAGCCAAAGACGUGACCAUCCUCAAACAGAGACCCGACCAGACGGAGAUGGGGGAGGUCUACUCUCUGUAUAAGCAGGCCACGGUGGGGGACAACAACACUGAAGGUCCGGCUUUUUACGAUUUCGUCGCAAAGGCGAAAUGGAUGGCAUGGGAUAAAAAAAAAGGGAUGUCCAAAGAAGAAGCCAUGUCAGCUUAUAUUGGGCUGGUGGAGGAGCUGAAAGAAAAAUAUGGAAUCGAAUGAAUUGUUAAAAUGCGUUAAUCAGCAAGAUUUAAACCAGGAGACAUAAAACACUUGUUUUUGUUUUAGCUCAUGAAAAUAAACUGCUGAAAAUAAUCAAACCACAUCUUAGUUUUAGAAGUUUAACUUGUUGGCUACAGUAGGUAACAUUGUUUUUGUAUUUUGAAGGAGUAUUUGACACACAAAUGUCCCCUUUUAAAAAAAAAAACCUUAUUAAAGAAACUAAAAUAUUCCACGAGCAGCAGUUUACCAGUAAAAAGAACAGAAAAUAAAGUCAAAUGAAUAUA